AUGAACUUAAGAUGCAACACUGCCUCUUCCUGCAUCCGUGCCAGCCCAUUUGGCAUCCUACAGGUGUUGCUGCUUCUGUCACUGCUCCUGACCGUGCUAAUUCCCUGCACCAGCCAAGAAAUUAACUGUGCAGAAAAUGCAUUGCAUGUUGAACUGCGCUGCAUGUGUGUGAAGACCACUUCUGGAAUUCAUCCCAGUUAUAUCAGCAGUUUACAGGUGGUCAGGGCAGGAGCCCAUUGCCACAAACUGGAAGUGAUAGCCAAUCUGAAGGAUGGAAGAAAAAUCUGCCUGGACCCAGAAGCUCCCAAAAUCAAGAAAAUAGUACAGAAAAUUUUAGAAAGUGGUGGAUCAACUGCAUAA